GGGAGAUAGAAGCGAGCAGAGAGAGAGGCGCGCGGAGAGAGGAAGAGAGGGAGAGAGAGAGGUCUGCAGUCUGAUUCUUGGCGUCGCGCAGACCCAAGACGACGCUGUGGCCACGCGCUGCGAUCCUGGGAUUACUUCUGCGGCUCGCUCCGACCCGUUCACUGACUAGAAACGGUCCGACGGGGACCGACAACUUCUCUACGUCUCCGUCAGGUCCUCUUUCAUCCGGGAAUCAGCUGCGCGGCUCUCCAUCACUCUGCGCCGGUUGGAAUCUCCUCUGCUGCCCAAAGCAAACGUGGAAUAUCGACAGAUGAUUUUAUUAAGUGGAAAUAAAACAGACAUACGGACAAACAAGUGCUGCGGGAGAAAGUGAAGGAAGGUUUUUCUGGGCUUUGUGGUGCUGGUUCUGGGAGGAUCUGUGGCAUAUGUGGAGCAGACGAAGGAUUUUGGUGUGUCCCCCCCCCACCCCCUGCUCUUGUGCACAUCACUGACCACUUGUCCCCUUCGUGGCUUCUUUUCCCCCCCUACCUUCUUAAGACGUAAAAUUUAUCUUCUGAGAGACACUGAACCCCUCAGUCCCCGCAUGACAUGGUUCAGUCCAGCUGCGAGAUCCGAGCCUCCUUCAUGCAUUGGGAUUUUUCUCAGCUCCGACACCGAGUCAAACCCCCUUCUCUGAGCAUCUGAAAAGUCGCCGCGCCUGCCAAACCAGAGAGGAAAAAAAAAAAGGAAAAAUAUAUAUAUAUAUAAAAAAAACGCCAUGACCGUCGCUUCCAAUCUGGACGGGGCGUCGGGACUUGGGAGGAAAGUGGAAUGCGUAUGCAAGAGAGGGGACGGAAUACGGGGCAUGUCUCUGAUGAGGGCAGGAGUACAGGCGCACCACUGGAGCCGGCUGCUGCUCCUAUACAUGGGACUUCUGGCCACCUCAGUGAAGGCUCAAAACUGCAGUUACACACUACACAGUCCCAAUGGGACAAUAGAGAGCCCUGGAUAUCCGUAUGGUUAUCCCAACUACGCCAACUGUACAUGGGUUAUCGUGGCAGCGGAGCACAACCGGAUACAGCUAGUGUUUCAAGGUUUUGCCCUAGAGGAGGAUUUUGACAUCUUGUCAGUGUACGAUGGGCCUCCAAGCCCCGGAAACCUGAGGACAAGGCUAACAGGGUUUCAGCUGCCCCCUCCCAUUGUAAGCACAGGCUCCAGGCUUACGUUGUGGUUACUGUCUGACUAUGCGGUCAGCGGACAGGGAUUCAAAGCUGUCUAUGAAGCCUUGCCCAGUUACACCUGCGGUAACCCUGGACAGCUUCUGAACGGCCAGCAUCAGGGGUCCACCUAUAACAUCGGAGACAAAAUCCGGUACAGCUGCAGCCCCGGCUAUGUGCUCGAGGGUCACACCACACUAUCCUGCCUCGCCACUUCAGCUGGCACUGCAGCCUGGGAUUUCCCUCUCCCUUACUGCAGAGCGGAUGAUGGAUGUGGAGGGACACUGCGGGGUCAAAGCGGAGUGAUCACCACCCCCAAUUACCCAGCUGAGUAUAACAACAAUGCUGACUGCACCUGGACUGUGCUGGCUGAGCCAGGAGACACCAUUGCCCUGGUUUUCUCUGACUUUCAACUGGAGGAGGACUAUGACCUCUUGGAGGUCAGCGGCACUGAGGGAUCUUCACAGUGGUUCACUGGCCCUAACCUUCCCUCGCCAAUCAUUAGCAGCAAGAACUGGCUUCGCCUUCACUUCACCUCUGACGGCAAUCACAAGCUGAGAGGUUUCAGCGCUCAGUACCAAGUAAAAAAGAUGACAGAGCUCAAAUCUAGAGGUGUGAAGAUGCUGCCAAGCAAAGACAACCACCACAAGAUAUCCGUGUUAUCUCAGAUGGGUGUGGCACAAGGACACAACAUGUGUCCAGAUCCCGGGAUUCCAGAUCGAGGAAAAAGAAAAGGCUCUGACUUCAGACGUGGUGCCACUGUGCAUUUCUCCUGCGAUGAAGGUUAUGAACUCCAGGGCUCCAAGAGCAUCACUUGUCUCAGAGUGACAGACAGCUAUGUUGGCUGGAGUGAUGACCGUCCCAUCUGCAGAGCCCCCAUGUGUGGAGGACAGCUGAGAGGACCCAGUGGAGUUUUCACAUCUCCAAACUACCCAGUUCAGUACGACAACAACGCCAACUGCACUUGGAUCAUCACCGCCACUGAUUUGUCUAAGGUGAUCAAGCUGACCUUUGAGAAUUUUGACGUGGAAAGAGGUUAUGACACUCUUACAGUGGGAGACGGCGAGGUGGUAGGAGACCAGAAAACCAUCUUCCACGUCCUGUCUGGUACCACCACUCCAGACCUCGUGGUAAGCACCAGCCACCAGAUGUGGCUCAACUUCAAAACGGACGACACAAGUGGCUCCCUGGGCUUCAAGGUGUCCUACGAAGAAAUUGAACAAGGCAGUUGUGGAGAUCCUGGAAUCCCGGCUUAUGGGAAGCGGGAAGGAGCGGGCUUUCGUCAUGGGGACAAGCUGUACUACGAGUGCCUGCCUGCCUUUGAGCUGGUCGGAAAGAAGAACAUCACUUGUCAGAAGAACAACCAGUGGUCUGCCAAGAAACCCAGCUGUGUUUUUGCCUGUUUCUUCAACUUUACGACACCAUCAGGCGUGCUACUUUCUCCCAACUAUCCUCAGGAGUAUGGAAAUAAUAUGCACUGUGUGUGGCUCAUCAUUACCAACCCUGAGAGCCGAAUCAAUCUGGCCUUCAACGACCUCAGCAUGGAGAAGCAGUUUGACUUCCUCUCCAUCAAGGAUGGAGGAAAGGCUGAGUCUCCAAUCCUGGGAACUUUCUCUGGUGAUGUCCUACCUCCUCCUAUAACAACUAGUGCCCACGUGGCGCGACUGGAGUUCCUGACAGACCACACAUACACGGACAGAGGCUUCAACAUCACCUUCACUACGUUUCGACACAACGAAUGCCCGGAUCCAGGAGUUCCUGUUAAUGGAAAACGUUUUGGUGAAAACCUCCAACUGGGAAGUUCCAUAUCCUUCCUGUGUGAGGACGGCUUUGUUAAGACCCAUGGCUCUCAAACCAUCUCCUGCAUUCUUAAGGAUGGCAAUGUGGUAUGGGACAAUGCAGUUCCUCGUUGUGAAGCUCCAUGUGGAGGAGAUCUGAAGGCACCCAGCGGGAUCAUCCUCUCCCCUGGCUGGCCCGAAUUGUACAAGGAGGCCCUUAACUGUGAAUGGAUCAUCGAGGCUCCUCCGGGCUACCCUAUCAAGAUCAUAUUUGACAAGUUUCGCACUGAGGUCAACUAUGACGUCCUUGAGGUGCGGGACGGACGAUUUCCUUCUUCUCCUCUGAUUGGAAGCUACCAGGGCACCCAGGUUCCACAGUUCCUCAUCAGCACCUCAAACUUCCUGUACCUACACUUCUCCACUGACAAGAGCCACUCUGACAUCGGAUUUCGCAUACGUUAUGAAACCCUGCAGCUGCAGUCAGACCACUGUGUAGAUCCGGGCAUACCUGUCAAUGGGCAGCGCCACGGCCACGACUUCUUUGUGGGUGCUUUGGUAACAUUUAGCUGCGAAGCCGGCUACACUCUGAGCGACAUUGAGCCUUUAGAGUGCGAACCCAAUUUCCAGUGGAGUCGCCCCCUGCCCAGCUGUGAUGCACUGUGUGGGGGUUACAUCCAAGGCAACAGUGGAACCAUCUUGUCUCCAGGCUUUCCAGACUUUUAUCCACACAACCUGAACUGUACAUGGAUAAUCGAGACCUCUCAUGGCAAAGGUGUCCAGUUCACUUUCCACACCUUCCACCUGGAGAGCCCUCACGACUACCUGCUGGUGACGGAGAACGGAAGCUUCUCUCAGCCCCUCUGGAGACUGACAGGCUCUACGCUGCCGCCGCCGCUCAGCGCCGGCCUUUUUGGGAACUACACGGCACAGAUCCGCUUCCUCUCAGACUUCUCUGUGUCCUAUGAGGGGUUCAACAUCACUUUUUCAGAGUAUGACUUGGAACCUUGUGAGGAUCCUGGAAUUCCACCAUACAGUACCCGAAAAGGACUGCUUUACGGGGUCGGAGACACCCUCAUCUUUUCUUGUUUCCCAGGUUACCGACUUGAGGGUCCAGCAAGGGUUGUGUGUUUAGGGGGGAGGAGGCGGGUGUGGAGCUCCCCCCUGCCAAGGUGUGUUGCCGAAUGUGGCUCAUCCGUGACUGGCAUGCAAGGGGUGCUGCUCUCCCCUAACUACCCCGGUUACUAUGGCAACAACCACGAAUGCAUCUACUCCAUCCAAACGCAGCCUGGCAAAGGCAUCCAGCUACGAGCUAGAGAUUUCCGACUGGAGGAGGAUGACGUGCUCAAAGCCUUUGACGGCAGCAGCAGCAAGGCCCGUCUGCUGGGAGUGUUUACGGGAAACGAGAUGUUAGAUACAACCCUGAACUCCACUUCCAGCUCGAUGUGGUUGGAGUUCAUUAGCAAUGCAGACAACACCAGUAAAGGUUUUGAACUGUAUUUUACAAGUUUUGAGCUGGUCAAAUGCGAGGAUCCAGGUGUUCCCCAAUUUGGCUACAAGCGAGAGGACAAGGGCCAUUUUGCAGGGAGCACGGUGUCUUACAGCUGUGACCAAGGCUACACCCUGAAAGGCCCUGAGGUGCUGACCUGCCUCCGGGGAGAACGGAGGGCCUGGGAUAACCCUCUUCCCCUCUGUGUUGCCGAGUGUGGUGGCACCCUUAAGGAUGAACCCUCUGGUCGGAUCUUGUCUCCAGGCUAUCCGGGUCCGUAUGAACACAACAUGCACUGUGUUUGGACCAUCGAGGCGGCUUCAGGGAGCACUAUAAGUUUGCACUUCCUGGUUUUCCACACGGAGGAGGUCCAUGACUUGCUGCGAAUUUGGGAUGGUCCCCAGGACGGAGGGGUCCUGCUAAGGGAGCUGAGUGGCUCAGCAUUGCCCCCGGACAUUCACAGCACCUUCAACACUGUCACGCUGCAGUUUACCACAGACUUUUUCACCAGCAAGCAAGGCUUUGCUCUGCAGUUCUCUGUCUCUACUGCAACCUCCUGCAAUGACCCAGGCAUGCCAACUAAUGGCACCCGCAGUGGCGAUAGCAGGGAGCCCGGGGACCAUGUGGUGUUCCAGUGUGAUCCUGGCUACCUCCUGCAGGGAGCCAACAGAAUCACCUGCACUGAGAUCAAUGGUCGCUUCUUCUGGCAGCCAGACCCUCCUACGUGCACAGCUCCAUGUGGUGGGAAUCUGACGGGUCCGAGUGGACUGAUCCUGUCUCCAGACUACCCUGAACCUUAUCCUCAUGGAAGGGAGUGUGACUGGACUGUAACUGUCAUGGAGGACUAUGUCAUCUCUCUCAGCUUCAACCAUUUCAGCUUGGAGCCCAGUUAUGACUUCUUGCAUAUCUACGAUGGGCCAGACUCCCUUAGCCCUUUGCUGGGCAGUUUCUACGGCACCGACGUUCCAGAUCGCAUCGAGAGCAGCUCCAACAAUCUCUUCUUGGCUUUCCGCAGUGAUGCCUCCCUCAGCAGCAAUGGAUUUGUUCUGCAGUACACAGAGAACCCCAGGGAGUCCUGCUUCGAACCCGGCCUAGUGCGCAACGGGACGCGGGUGGGGACAGAUUUCAAGCUAGGCUCCGCUGUCACCUACCACUGUGACAGUGGCUACACACUCGAGGGAGACCCAAUGCUUACCUGCAUCAUGGGGAGAGACGGCAAACCGAGCUGGAACAAACCCAAACCCAUCUGCAUCGCGCCAUGUGGUGGACAGUACACUGGUUUAGAGGGAGUGGUGUUGUCUCCUGGUUACCCUGGCAACUACAGCAGGUCUCGAACCUGUUUGUACUCUGUAGUCGUGCCCAAGGAUUAUGUGGUCUUCAGUCAGUUCGCCUACUUCCAGACGGCGCUGAAUGACAUCGUAGAAGUUUACGACGGGCCAACGCAACACUCCCGUGUGCUGAGCUCACUUUCUGGAUCGCACACAGGGGAAUCGUUGCCCUUGGCGACCUCCAACCAAAUCCUGAUUCGCUUCACCUCCAAAGGCCAAUCCAGCUCUCGAGGAUUCCAUCUUGUCUACCAGGCUGUUCCCCGGACCAGUGCCACUCAGUGCAGCUCCGUCCCCGAGCCCCGCAACGGUCGACGUAUGGGCAACAACUUUUCAGUCGGUGCCUUGGUCCGCUUUGAAUGCAACCCAGGUUAUCUGCUGGAGGGAUCAAGUGUCAUUGAAUGUUUGACUGUUCCCAACGCUCUGGCUCAGUGGAACACCUCCAUACCCAGCUGCAUCGUUCCAUGUGGUGGUAAUCUGACCCAAAGAACUGGCACCAUCCUGUCUCCUGGAUUCCCCGAACCAUACCUCAACAGUCUCAACUGUGUUUGGAAGAUUACUGUUCCUGAAGGCUCAGGAAUCCAGAUCCAGGUAAUCAGCUUCGUCACAGAGCAGAACUGGGACUCGCUGGAGGUUUUUGAUGGCGGCGAUAACACGGACACUUUGCUUGGCAGCUUCUCAGGCACCACAGUUCCAGCUCUACUCAACAGCACCUCCAAUGAGCUCUACCUGCACUUCUUCUCUGAUAUCAGCGUAUCUGCAGCCGGAUUCAGGCUGGAAUACAAAACUGUUUCUCUGACAAACUGUCCAGAGCCUAUAGUUCCUAUGAACGGCAUUAAGAUUGGCGACCGUCUUCAGAUGAAUAAUGUGGUGUCCUUCCAAUGUGAACCAGGCUACACUCUACAGGGGAACUCCCACAUCACCUGCAUGCCUGGAACUGUCAGGCGAUGGAACUACCCACCUCCUCUUUGCAUUGCUGAGUGUGGAGGAAUCCAUGAGGAGAUAGAGGGAAUGAUUCUUAGUCCUGGUUUCCCUGGCAACUACCCUAGCAACAGUGACUGCACCUGGAGAAUCUACCUGCCAGUGGGUUAUGGAGCCCACAUACAGUUCCUUAAUUUCUCCACUGAGGCUAACCAUGAUUUUCUUGAAAUACGUAAUGGGCCUCUGGAUACCAGCCCUGUGAUUGGUCGAUUCAGCGGUCAAGAUGUCAUCUCCCCUCUUCUCACCACCUCCCAUGAGACCACAGUAUACUUCCAUAGUGACCAUUCACAGAACAAACCAGGCUUCAGGUUUGAAUACCAAGCAUAUGAGCUGCAGGAAUGCCCAGACCCAGAGCCAUUUCGUUAUGGAGUAGUGGUUGGUGCUGGAUAUAAUGUGGGCCAGUCCAUUUCCUUUGAGUGUCUGCCGGGGUAUCAGCUGAUGGGACACGCCAUCCUCACCUGUCAGCAUGGUACAACCCGCAACUGGGAUCAUCCUUUUCCUCGCUGUGAAGUCCCCUGUGGUGGGAACAUCACCUCAGACAAUGGGACCAUUUUCUCUCCUGGAUACCCAGAGGAGUACCCCAGCUCGGCUGAUUGCUCCUGGCUGAUCACAGUGGCUCCAGGCUCUGGUAUCAAACUGAACUUCACCUUGCUUCAGGUUCACGGGCCACAUGACUUCAUCACUGUAUGGGACGGUCCACAGGAGACAGCCAGGAAACUGGGUAUUUUCACUGAUGGAGAACCCAAUGACUCUCCCAGUAGCACAUCCAACCAGGUGCUCAUUCGUUUCCGUAGUAACACAGAAAAGGGCGGAUUGUUCCGUAUUGGUUACCAAGCUUACAGACUGCAGUACUGCCUGCCCCCACCCAUCAUUCCCAAUGCGGAGAUCCUGAUGGCAAGCAAAGAGUUUAAAAUUGGGGAUAUCGUCCGCUACAGAUGUCUUCCCGGCUACCAGUUAAGUGGGAACAGCAUUUUGACCUGCCGCUUAGGAACACACUUGGAAUUCGAGGGGCCUCCGCCGUCUUGUGACGUGACUUGUCCCAUGAACGAGGUGCGUACAGCCUCCACGGGGGUCAUCAUGAGCCAGUCACCGGGCAACGGUUUUCCCCAUUUCGAGUCCUGCUCCUGGGUGGUGAAAGUAGAACCCGGAUACAACAUCACACUCACGAUUGAACACUUCCAGACCAGCCGGCAGUUUGAUGAGCUCGAAAUUUUCAAUGGUCCUUCCAGACAGAGCCCCCUCCUGCUCACCCUCAGUGGAAACUACUCCAGUCCCCUGAGCAUCACCAGCUCAAGUAAUAAAGUCUACCUGCAUUGGUCCUUUGAUCACACGACCAGCCACAAAGGCUUCCACUUACGCUACUCAGCGGCCUACUGCAGCCCUCCAAACAACCCUGUAAAUGGCACAGUGCACAGCCUGACAGGCACUAAGCUGGGCAGUACACUACGCUUCAGCUGUGACCAGGGCUUCCGGCUUAUUGGUCAGAGCAGUGCCACGUGUGUCAGGACAGCCCAAGGGAUUUUCCAGUGGAAUGCACCUGUGCCUCUUUGCCAAGUCAUGUCUUGUGGAAUGCCGGUUCCUCCAGUUAACGGCAGCAUUGCUGGCCAGGAGUUUUCUCUUGGGGCGAAGGCUACCUACCAGUGUAAUCCGGGAUUUCGGCUUUCCGGGCCCAUCACCACCUCUCUGAUCUGUCAAGAAUCCGGAAGGUGGAGCCCCAUUGAGGCCCCACCCAGAUGUCUUUCGGUUACCUGCCCAGACAUCGGCCACUCUGCUGUGGAACACGGAAGAUGGCGACUAAUCUAUGGCACGCAAAACCAAUAUGAUGCGAUGAUGAUGCUUGUAUGUGAUCCAGGGUAUUACUACAGGGGUCAAAGGAUCAUUCGCUGCCAGGAAAAUGGCACAUGGAACUACCCUGAUCCUCACCCAGUCUGUGACAUCAUUUCCUGUGGGGACCUUGGCACUCCACCAAAUGGUAACAAGAUUGGGACAUUGACUGUGUAUGGAGCCACAGCUAUUUUCUCCUGUAAUACAGGAUAUACCUUGGUGGGCUCUCGAGUACGAGAGUGUAUGUCCAAUGGUCUUUGGAGUGGAACACAGGUCCAAUGUCUCGCGGGCCAUUGUGGCUCUCCGGAGCCAAUAGUGAACGGACAAAUCAUUGGGGAGAAUUAUAAUUAUCGAGGCAGCGUCGUCUACCAAUGCAACCCAGGAUUUCGUCUCAUUGGAGUGUCGGUGCGAAUAUGUGAGCAGGAUCACCGGUGGUCAGGACGAACUCCUGUUUGUGUCCCCAUCACAUGUGGUCACCCUGGCAACCCUACAUUUGGUACAACCCAAGGUACCCAGUUCAACUUAAAUGAUGUAGUACGUUUUGUCUGCAAUACUGGAUACGUUCUACAGGGGGCUGUUAAGUCUACAUGCCAAGCCAGUGGGCAAUGGAGCAACCCCCUACCCAGGUGUAAAAUUGUGAACUGCACAGAGCCAGGUCAUGUUGAGAACAGCAUUAGGCAGGUUCUGUCCAGUGGAGCACAUCGCUACAGUUUCCAAACCACUGUGUCGUACCGCUGCAACCCAGGCUACUACCUGCUGGGCACCAGCUCUAUUUCAUGCCAGGGGGACGGCACCUGGGAUCGCUCCUUACCCAAAUGUCUGUUGAUGCUGUGUGACCACCCCAGCGUUUCUCCUUAUGCCAAGAUUUCGGGCGACCGUCGAACCGUAGGAUCAGUCAUCCGCUACAGCUGCAUGGGUCAGCGUACUGUCAUUGGCAACACCACGCGAAUGUGCCAGCUGGAUGGGCAGUGGAGUGGCUCACCACCACACUGCUCUGGAGAAUCUUCUGGGCUUUGUGGAGAUCCAGGGGUUCCGGUCCAUGGUAUUCGUCUGGGGGAAGAGUUCACGGUUGGCAGUGUUGUCCGCUUCAGCUGCGAGCCUGGCUAUGUGUUGAAGGGUUCAUCCGAGAGAACGUGUCUGGCCAAUGGGACCUGGCUGAAUACACAACCUGAGUGUCAAGUUAUUUCCUGUGGAAAUCCAGGAACUCCACGAAAUUCCCACAUUCUUAUUCACGAUGGCCUGACAUUCUCCAGAUCCAUCACUUACAGUUGUAGGGAGGGCUACUAUUCUACUGGACUGCUUACAAGACACUGUACUGUCAAUGGCACAUGGACAGGAAACAUGCCAGAGUGUUCAGUUAUCAACUGUGGUGAUCCCGGAGUGCCGGCCAAUGGAGUGAGAUUUGGAACUGAUUUCUCAUACAACCACACAGUCAGUUUCCAGUGUUCCCCUGGAUUUACCAUGGAUGCGGACAGAGCUUCCACUCUCAUUUGUACCAAGGAUCGCACCUGGAAUGGCACCAAACCUCUUUGUAAAGCAAUUGUUUGUGGUCCACCACCCACAAUCCCCAAUGGACAGGUUGUUGGUACGGACUUCACCUGGGGCUCAAGCAUUAGUUACUCCUGCAACCAGGGCUACCAGCUGUCCCUGCCCACUGUGUUAACAUGCCAGGGCAACGGGAACUGGAGCGGAGAGAAGCCACAGUGUUUCCCUGUUUUCUGUGGGGACCCCGGGACACCAGCUCAUGGACGUAGAGAAGACCGUGGUUUCAAUUAUCUCUCGUCUGUGUCCUUUUCCUGCAACCACCCCCUUGUAUUGGUUGGCUCAGCCAGAAGAUACUGCCAGUAUGACGGCACAUGGAGUGGCACUCAGCCAUCUUGCAUAGAUCCCAGUCACACUACCUGUAGUGAUCCUAGCACUCCUUUAUUUGGAAACCAGAACAACAGCCAAGGCUUUCAGAUCGGCAGCACUGUGUUCUUCAACUGCAGGAAGGGCUACUUACUGCAGGGCUCCAUUUCACGCACAUGUCAGCCCAACUUGACCUGGAGCGGCUUUCAGCCUGAGUGCAUCGCCCACCACUGCAGCCAGCCAGAACUGCCAGCCCAAUCUGAUGUGAAAGCCAUCGAACUGCCGUCGCUUGGUUACACACUGAUCUACACAUGUCAGCCUGGCUUCUACCUGGCUGGAGGGUCAGAACACCGAACCUGCAGAUCUGAUGGCAGCUGGUCAGGGAAAGCACCACUAUGUGCAGCUGAUAAUCGUGGGAAGAUUGAAAAAAGCCCUGUGGGGCCUGUGCAGGAGCCCCCCUCCAAACUGCCAGGUAAAAGAGUUCCUAGUGGGGUUUUUGCUAAGAACUCCCUCUGGACGGGCUCCUAUGAGUAUCUGGGAAAGAAGCAGCCAGCCAUGCUGAGCAUCACUGCCUUUGAACCCCUUAGCAAUCGGGUUAACGGGACACUCAUGGAUAGAAGAGGACUUGAACUCAAACUGACAGGGACAUACAAAAAGGAGGAAGCCCAGCUGCUGCUGCAAGUCCACCAGAUCAGAGGUCCUGUGGAGAUUUUCGACAACAAGUUAAAGAUGGACAACUGGGCCAUGGAUGGACAUGUGUCCUACAUCUCUUCCUCCAAUUCCUUUGUGUAUCAGGGAUUUGUCAGAGGAAAAGGCUUUGGCCAGUUUGGUCUACUCAGAGUGGUUGAUCCCAUCAAAGACAGCCCCAGCUACAAUAACAGCAGUUCAGUGGCAGCAGCCAUCCUAGUGCCUUUUAUAGCCAUGAUCAUUGCAGGCUUCGCUUUGUAUCUCUACAAACACAGAAGAAGACCCAAAGUUCCUUUCAAUGGUUACGUGGGCCAUGAGAACACUAAUGGACGAGCUACGUUUGAGAACCCAAUGUAUGACCGCAACAUCCAGCCCACUGACAUCAUGGCCAAUGAGACAGAGUUCACAGUCAGCACAGUGUGCACAGCUGUAUAGCAACAGCUUCUUCUGAGUUAGGGAAGGAAGAAAAAGACCCCAUCCUCGCCUGACCGUCAACAGAAGACAACUCCAGUUCUUUGAGCAGAGGAUGAAAAACGUAUUUCAGUUGCUGUGACACCUUAAGGAAACCAGUGAUGGAGGCUCUUUCCUGCAAGAAACAAAAAAAAAAAGGAAAAUAGAAACCAUGCGAAGGCCCCCUUUUUCAAAGGUCAACAAGAAAAGGCUUUCUGGAACUUUACAUGGUUUCUUGAUCAUUUCCCAUAUUCUGCAGAAAAGCCUCCAUCUGCACCUGCAGCAGGCAGGAGCACUGCUGGAGGCAAGGUUUGGAUGACUUUUCUCACCGCUCUCCGCCUGAACACGAAGGGACUGGUACGGCCGACUGCGAGUCCUGAAAUGAACCAGUAGCAAACAGAUCUGUUCAAAGGUGGCUGUGUGGCAGACCGCCGCGCGGUGGUUUUCUGUGGGUCUGAGAGAACCCGUCUGGACUAGGUCAUUUCAUUUGUCUUUUUGUUUUGCAGCUUUCUGCUCCUCUUUUUUUUUUUUUUAAUCUUUGACGAUUUAUUCCAUUUCCUUCGAGCAUUUGCUCCUGAAGCUGCUGAAAGGUUGCUCCCAGUUCCUGGCUGUGGGUGAAUUAAAAUUUCAGUAAGCAUUAGAGACACUCACUUAAUCAUUACGUUCUCUGCUUUACUUUUUACUUUUUAGGGGUUAAAAAGUAAAAAAAAAAAAUAAAAGCACUCCGUGAGGGUGCUGGGAGAAUGUAUGUGUCGAUGAAUUUCUUCAAACAUCUGCAACUGCAGACUCACUUUGCUUUUGUAACCUCAGAGAUUUCAUCCAAACCAACAGAUGUUUUCUAAUUGGUGCAACAAUUGCUUGCGGAUGUUUUAAGAUAUCUCUGUUUGAAUGAAGGGAACCACUUUGUUAGCCUCGCAAAACUAGACAAUUAAAAUGUAAUCCAGAAAACAUGUGAAUAACCUAUAAAACACCUCGGCUUCAACUUUUAAUCCCCAAGUUUUUCUUUGAUAGACUGGACAGCAGCGUUCCAACUACACCCCAAAAGGUUGAAUUGAAGGUGCUUUCGGUCUGAGGAAAGUACGAGACAUUGUACAUCUUCCCUUCCAAGAAAACUUCUGACAGUUACAUCCAUUUGAAGAAGAGUAAUGUUUCUGUGUUUUGUCUUGCUCAUCAGAAAAAAUGCAGCAGAAAGCUGUUUCCCCGCUCUAACAGCAGGGGAGUCGCUGGCAUACUGAUUCCUCCCACACUUUAAAUUGAAAAUGAUAAAUCUUAUAUGGAAUAAAAAUGACGAUGCCUCUAAUUGUAAUACUCUUUAUGUAAAAGAGAUAAAGUAACACAAUACAUUUGUUUAUUUCUUUAUUUUCCUUCUUUUUUUUAAGACAAAACAGAAGGAAAAUGUCAUCCUAUCCAUCAGCAUGAACUCUUCCUCAUCUUGUCAAUGAUGUCUGCUGAGUUUCAAAACACUAUUAUAGAAUAAUACAAUUCUGUGACCCAUGUGUGCAGAGAAUGCAAAAAAAGAAGUGUGAUUUUCAAAGAUGCUGCUCCGAGCAAUUCCCUAAUUACUUUUCGCAGACAACGCUGCGCAAUUAGAAUAGUGCUUGAACUUCACUGGACCAUAAUGAGCCAUCACUUGCAAUUAGCUUUUAUUUUGCUGUGCUUUGUUGUCAAACCAUGAACUCAUUCUACCUUCAUCGUUGCUUAUUUUGACACAUCCUCAAUUACGGUGUGUCGAUUUUCAGAGACCAAAAAUAAGCACCGCCGAGCAUCCUCCAUAAUCUUUGGCUUUUGUUCUUUUUUGGUGCGCUUUGGAAAUGCAGGGAAAGUGAGGUGAAAUGAGUUUUUGCUCAUGUAUAUAUUAUGCAAAGUGGCACUCGCAGCCAAAUUUGACCUCCAUGGCAACAGAUGUUUCGAUGAGUACGUCAUUUCUCUCAGAAAGCCUGCUCAGUAAAAACAGUCACCUCAUUGUGUCUCAGUCACUCACUGCGGCUUGGAAUAGCUUUUAAUGUUUGGUUACUUUAAAGGUUGCUCUCAACCAUAGCAGCACAUUUUUGUCAUAUUUAGUCAUACUUGUGCUGUUGUUUGAUUCUUUAAAAGCUAGAACUUUCGAAGAUUUCAUUAUUUCUCUGUUUGCCUUAGUUUUUUAGGACACUUUGGACUGACUUCCCUCCUUCCCAAGGCAACAAUUGUUACAAUAAUACAUGGAAUUGAACAAACAUGUUAGAAGUGCAUGGAGGAGGCCAUUCCGCUAAUUUUAUUUCCCUUAUUGGUAAAAUGGACUAAGUUUAUUCCAGUAAUUGUUCUCAAAAAGGGCUCAUUUGGAAGAAAAGAUCUUUUUUUUUUUUCCAUUAACUGGUUCCAACCUGUUCCCGUCUAUAAUAAGCACUUUGUGUUCAUUAUAGUGCCUUGACAUAACCCCCAUAGCAUCUGAACUCAGCCUGAGAAGCUCAUUUGUGUUGAUGAAUUCCAAACAUGAUCACAUUCUCACUGAGUCAGGGGUUAUGAUAAUUUGUGUCGGAUAUGAAAAAUAGAAGGUGUUUUCAACUGAGUGGUCAAAUCUCUAUUAUCUCUGCCUGAGUGACCAACUUACCCUUAAAUUCCUGACUUUCUAGAAGAGGCUUUUAUGGAAAAAGCCAAGUGCUUAUUAGACAUGUGUUUGGUUGUGUAAAGACUUUGUAGACCUGCCUACAUGUCUGGAUUGUGUUUUUUGUUAUUAUUAUUAUUUUUUUUAAGAUGCUUUUUUUUUCCAACCAAAGAAACCUCCACAAAAAUGCAUUUUGGUUAAAUUAGUCAUUGAAACAGCUUAUUUGCAUUUCAAGUGUCUGAAACUCUUUUAACUGCAAAUAUUUUCAAAUAUCCUUGCUUUAAUUAGCUAAAAAUGUGAUUUUUAAUCUAACCCAUGAGACCCACUCCAAAUAUUCUUUUAUCUACUGUUAAAGUGAUCCCUUUUAAUUAUGAUUUUACCAUUUUUGGCCAAAAAAACCAACAA